UCCUUCCUCCUCCUCCUCCUCCUCCUCCUCCUCCUCCCCCUCCCCCUUAACCCCUGCCCGUCCCGGCACCGCGGGGCGCAGCCCGUGGCUCCGAGCCCCUCCCGGUGGGUCCGGGGGGUCCCGGGGGGUCGCGGUGGGUCCCGCUCCCGGUGCCGGUGCCGGUGGGGGGGCGAUGGGGGGGCUCAGCCCGGUGUUACUGGUGCUGCUGGUGGCCGCCGCCCUGGGCUCGGGACCGGCCCCGCCCGCCCUGUCAUUCCUGGAGAACCCCUCCAACAUCACGUCCUCGCUGGGCAAGACGGUGCGGCUGCGGUGCCGGGUGCGGGGGGCCGGUGAGCCCCCCGAGAUGGGCUGGUGGCGGGACGGGCACCCACUGGAGCUGGCCGACAGCGACCAGGCCCAGGUGCCGCUCAGCGAGGACGUGUGGCUGGGCACCAGCCAGCUCAGCAUCCCGGCCGUGCAGCCCUCGGACGCGGGACGCUACCGGUGCUGGGCGCGUGCCGGCGGGGAGCAGCUCCUCUCCACCGAGGCUCACCUGGAGCUGGCGGGGCUGCCCUUCUUCCUGGAGGAGCCGCAGGACCUGGAGGUGGGGGUCGACACCCCCUUCAACCUCAGCUGCAGCGCCCAGGGCCCCCCCGAACCCGUGCGCCUGCUCUGGCUGCGGGAUGGGGCCCCCCUCAAUUCCCUGCUGGACCCCCUGGCCAGCGCCCCCUCCACGCUGCUGGUCCUGGGCCUGAACCACAGCAGCUCCUUCGCCUGCGAAGCCCACAACGCCCGCGGCGUCGCCACCUCCCGCACCGCCACCAUCACCGUGGUGCCCCAGCGCCCCCGAAAGCUGGAGCUGGUGAAGCGGGGGCCGCGGUGGCUGGAGGUGGCGUGGGAACCGGGGGCCAGCGGGGAGACCCCCCUGCGCCUCUGCACCGUCCAGGCGGUGGGUGAGGACGAGGACCUGAGCAGUGUCCCCCCGGGGGGGCUCUACAACCGGGUGGUGCCGGUGCCCCCCUUCGCCCACCGCAUCGAGGGGCUCCGGCCCUUCGCUGCCUACCGGGCGAGGGUCUCCUGCCGCAGCACCCGCAGCUCCUCGCCCUGGACCCACUGGGUGCCCAUGGCCACGCUGGAGGGGGCACCGGGGGCCCCCCCCGAGAACGUGACGGCGGAGCGGGACGGCAGCCGGGCGCGGGUGCGGUGGGCGGCGCCGCGGGGGGCGCUGAACGGGGUGCUGCGGGGGUACCGGCUGGCCUACCGCAGCGCCCACGCCCCCGAGGUGGUGGUGGACGUGGGGCUGGUGCAGGAGAAGACGCUGGAGCUGGCGCCGGCCGUGCAGAACCUGUCGGUGCGCGUGGCCCCGUACACGGGGGCGGGGGACGGGCCCUGGAGCCCCCCCGUCCUGCUGCUCGCCCCUGGAGAGUCACCGCUGGAGACGAGGCCGGCAGUGCUGCCGGCGCCGGGGCUGGCCCGGGGCUGGUGGCUGGCGGUGCUGGCUCUCGCCGUGCUGGCCAGCCUGGCGCUGGCACUGGGUGUCCUGGCUGCGCGGCGCCGGCGCAAGGAGACGCGGUUUGGGGAGGUCUUCGCGCCCCGCGGGGAGCCGGUGGUGCAGUACCGCGUGCGCAGCUCCUACAGCCGCCGCACCACCGAGGCCACGCUGAACAGCCUGGGCAUCAGCGAGGAGCUGAAGGAGAAGCUGCGGGACGUCAUGGUCGACCGGCACCGCGUGGCGCUGGGCAAGACCCUGGGCGAGGGAGAGUUCGGUUCCGUCAUGGAGGGGCAGCUCAACCAGGACAACUGCGUCCUCAAAGUGGCCGUCAAGACGAUGAAGAUCGCCAUCUGCACCCGGGGGGAGCUGGAGGACUUCCUCAGCGAGGCCGUCUGCAUGAAGGAGUUCGACCACCCCAAUGUCAUGAAGCUGAUCGGGGUGUGCUUGCAGAGUUGGGGUGCUGAGGGGCUCCCCGCGCCCGUCGUCAUCCUGCCCUUCAUGAAACACGGGGACCUGCACAGCUUCCUGCUCUACUCCCGCCUGGGGGACAGCCCCGUGGCGCUGCCGCCGCAGAGGCUGGUGGGGUUCAUGGCCGACAUCGCGGCGGGGAUGGCCUACCUGAGCAGCAGGAACUUCGUGCACCGGGACCUGGCCGCCAGGAACUGCAUGCUGGACGAGCGCCUGCGCGUCUGCGUGGCGGAUUUCGGGCUCUCCAAGCAGAUGGGGGGGGGCCAGUACUACCGGCAGGGCCGGGUGGCCCCCGUCCCUGUCAAGUGGGUGGCCCUCGAGAGCCUGGCCGACCGCGUCUACACCACCAAGAGCGACGUGUGGUCCUUUGGGGUGACGAUGUGGGAGAUCGCCACGCGGGGCCAGACCCCCUACCCCGGGGUGGAGAACAGCGAGGUCUACGACUACCUGCGGCAGGGCCACCGCCUGCGGGCCCCCCCCCUCUGCCCCCCCCACUGUGAGUGCACCCCGGGAGCCCCAGGGCUGAUGCGCCGGUGCUGGGCCGUGGACCCCCGGGACCGGCCGACUUUUGAGGAGCUGGGGGGGGUCCUGGGGGCCACCCUACGGGGGCUGCCCCCCCCCAGCCCCCCCGACCCCCUCUACGUCAAUAUGGAGGAAGGGGGUGCCGCUGGGGGCCCCCCCACUCUGAGCAAGGAUGGGGGGGAUCCCCCCGCCCCCCCUGCGCCCCCCCUGCCCGAGGGGGCUCCCGGGCGCUACGUGGUGUGCCCGGCCCCCCCCGAAAGCGGGCGCCCCCCCGGGGACCCCCCAGCCCCUUGUGCCGCCUCUGAGGAGGGGGCUUGAGCAUGCCCCCACCCCCAACCUCCCCCCAAGCUGCCUCACUGCCAGGGCCCCC